AUGGAGGACGCUGGCGAGGACGCUGGCAUUCGCUGGCACGGCGCGGUGGCGUCGCACUUCCCGCCCGCCUUCCGCGCCUUUCUCGAAGCGAACGGCGUGCACGCCGACAACUACUCCGUGGAGGACGUUCCGCGCUACAUCCGCGUCAACCCGCGCUCGGCGCUCACGCAGGAGGAGGUGGAGCGGCAGCUGCCGCGGAGCGAGCCGGUCGGCUGGCUGCCCGGCUACUACAGGCUACCGGCCGACGUCAAGAUUGCCGCCUGCGACGCCUACCGGCGCGGCGACCUCUACGGGAUCGACCUCGCCUCGGGCGCGGCGGUGGCGGCUCUGGGCGUGCUGCCGGGCGAGGCAGUGCUCGACAUGUGCUGCGCGCCGGGCGCAAAGCUCUGUGCGCCAGCGCGCGCGCUGGCAGACGCGCUGCAGCUGAGCGGCUCGGUGACGGGAGUCGACGUCAGCGAGGAGCGGCUUGCUGCGGCCAGGACGCUGUGCCGCAAGUACGGCAUCACGAACGCGCGCCUCUACCUCGCAGACGCGACCGCCUUUGCGGAGCCGCCGCCACUCACCCUCCCCUCCUCCGACGAAGACACUCUCACGAGGGACGCCGCUCCGGCCGCCGCCUCCGCCUCCGCCUCCUCCGCCCGGCUCGCGCGGGCGGCGGCCCUGGCGGAGCGCGCCGCCGCGAGAGGAGGCUGCUUGGGCGACGCGGCGGCGUGCGGCCAGCUGGGCGGGCGGCAAGGAAGGCUGUACGACAAGGUCUUUGGUCUUGGUGGACGCCGAGUGCACGCACGACGGCUCCAUCAAGCACCUCGCAAAGUUCGCACAGUGGGGCUGGGACACUUUCGAGCGGCGAGCGCGCCGCCGCCGCCUCCGAAUACCGGGGCCUCUCCCGCGCCGCCGCGAGGAGCCGCCUCCCCUCGCUGUGCUCUCGUCUACUGCACCUGCAGCUUUGCGCGCGCGCAGAACGAGGACGUUGUCUCGGCCUUCCUCGGCGACGAGCCGGCGGCGAGGCUGGUCGAGGUGGAGUGCCUCGCCGACGCCCCCGCCACGCCGGGGAGCCUGCCCCUCACGCUGCGCUUCGAUCCUCGCCGCUCGCGCACCUCGGCCCUUUUCGUCGCCAAGCUGGAGAGGGUCAGCUGA